AUGCCUUCGCAAACGUUCUAUCUUCUGGGAGAAAGCCCAUCGGCAGCAAAAGAGAUUCAGAUCGAUCCUUCCGCGACUAUCGAUGACCUGAAGAACUUGAUUGCAGCACACUUUGCAAUUGUUGAGCCAAGCGCCUUCGCUCAUGCCACACCCCCUGCCUACUUGAUAAGACUCAAGCAAGACCAAAACACCAAGCAGUGGGAUUCUGCGUGCUUCCCAAAGCAAGCCUUAUCUAGUACUACCUUGAAACACAUAUCUCUCCGUCGCCUGGCUAGCCAGAAGCAGUUUAUCGUUUUUGGUCUAGCGGAUAGUGCUUCGACAUAUUCUGACGUAUGGUAUCUAGGAAUUGGCUUCCAGGGUUAUGAUGCUGCCCUAAGCGAGUUCUCAGAGGUGCUGGCAGCACCGGGUCCUCUACCGCUUACGAUCGACGGACAUGCCGUGCGCGAACCUCCCUGUCCCAGGGAAUUACCUUUCGUUGGCACCUUUUUCGAAGUUUACCCCGACCAUCUCGGAAACCAUCAGCGUCUAUUUGAACGAUAUGGCCCCAUCGUGAAAACAAACAACUUGGGUCGUGUCACCUACCAGACAAAUGAUCCAAAAAUAGCUGCAAUUGCAUUUGCUGAGUCAGAUUUUUUUACCAAGAAAAUUAACGAAGCUCACCCCCUGGCUGGGCUCAAGACCCCCUCCGCUGGCAUUUUUCUUGGAGAUACUGAUACCGAGGAAUGGAGAGUCGCUCACAAGUUCUUGCCUCCGGCGUUGGGUCCGAAGGCGGUCCGCCACUACGCCCCAACUAUGCAGAAGACAGUCGAAGACUCGUUCAAGGUAUUUGAUGCGCUGGAUGAGCAGGGUGAGGCUUGGAACGUAUAUCAAUACAUGCUCAAGCUGGGCUCUCAGGCAGUUGGAAAGCUCGUUCUGGGGCUCGACUUUAAGCAUUUCGAAGCACCGGAUGCUCCUGUUCACGAAAUGGUCCACAAUAUCGCCGAAAUGCUUUCUCUCAAUAAGAAGGUUACCUCCAUGGGCAAUUGGUAUGCUGGACUGCCAUUUGGUGAUCCCAAGCGACUCCGCAGCUUGAGGACCAGCAUCGAGAAUAUGGUAGCGGAGUCAAUGGAGGCGGCUUCACGAGGAGGCCACGAGGAUUUGCCUUUGCAAGACGCUGCUCUGAAAGCUGACAACAUGGUUGACUAUGCCAUUCGUGCAACCGACAACAAGGGCCAGAAGUUGCCACAGUCGAGUCUGACAUGGGCCCUUGUCGUUGCCACUGGUGCUGGUUUCACUACAACAAGCUCCCUUUUAUCCUGGCUCAUUUAUGGUCUCUGUGUGUACCCAGGCAUGCAGGAACGACUUCUCCUAGAAUUGGUUGAUCAUGGAUUCGACGAAAAUACCGAAAUCACAGCGGAUUUCACGGAUAAACUUGAGUUUCUCGAUAAGUAUAUCAAAGAAACGCAACGCCGGCAUAAUCCAUCUUUCCAACCGGGCCGAACAGCAAAGGUUGAUCUGGUUCUACCAGGAGGGUAUAAGCUACCUAAAGAGUCAGUCAUAGUGCCUGCACUGCACCAUAUCCAUAAUCAUCCUGAUCUUUGGGACAACCCUGCUCGUUUCAACCCCGACCGCUGGGAUACCGAGGAGGUGAAGUCUAGGCACAAAGCGGCAUAUAUUCCCUUUGCAAUGGGCCCGCGUAUGUGUAUUGGGUUCAACUUUGCACUCCAGGAGGUCAAGGUCUUUUUGCCCAAGUUGGUGUACCGUUAUAAAUUCUCCAUGGAGGACAACGGGCCCAUCGAGUACGACCCCAUGUUCCAGCUGAUCAGGCCUAAUAAUCUAAGUGAGCUACAAGGCCCCGACAAGCCUCCAUCUUGGUGGUCCUUUAGAGCUUACCAUGGUAGUAAUGUCUUACAUUCAUGA